AUGUGGUCCAAGGCUCUCCUGGCCAUCGCCGCCUUCGCCCUCACCCCGGCCAACGCCAUAUGGCCAGUGCCCAAGAAGAUCUCUACUGGAGAUAAAGCCCUCUUCAUCGAUCAAACAAUCGACAUCACCUACAAUGGAGACUUUGUAUGCUGGACUCUCCCCGAUUCUGAUUUUGAUUCUGGUACCUGUAAUCGUACCGCACAGCUCAAUACUGAAACUUUGCUUGAUAAACAGAUCCCCUACACUUACAACUAUCAACCCGAUGCUGGCUCAAAGUUCAACAGCAAGCAAAUCGUCCAAGCCGGAGUCUCUCGUGCGCUCCAGGGCAUCUUCCAGGACAACUUUGUCCCAUGGAUGCUCCGCCCACGCGACUCCGAUUAUGAGCCUGACCUGGACAAGAAGCAGUGGGUGAAGUCGCUCAAGAUUGUCCAGACCGAGGAGGACGACGAGAGUACCUUCAAGCCUCUCAACGGUGAGGUCGAUGAGUCGUACUCCCUCUCUCUUUCUGAAAAAGGCGAGGCUUCCAUCAAGGCCAAGUCUUCUACAGGCGUCUUGCACGGACUUGAGACCUUUGUCCAGCUUUUCUUUAAGCACACCUCUGGCACUUCAUGGUACACCCCGCAUGCGCCCGUCUCAAUCCAGGAUGAGCCCGAGUACCCUCAUCGAGGCAUUCUGCUUGAUGUUGCCCGUAGCUUUUUCGAGGUCAAGCACAUCAAGCGCACCAUCGAUGCCAUGUCCUGGAGCAAACUGAAUCGUCUUCAUCUUCAUAUCACUGACUCGCAGUCCUGGCCUCUUGAGAUCCCGGCCCUGCCUAAGCUGGCCGAGAAAGGCGCAUAUCGCAAAGGCCUGACAUAUUCCCCCGAAGAGCUCGCCGGCAUUUACGAGUAUGGUAUCCACCGUGGAGUCGAGGUUAUCAUGGAGAUUGACAUGCCUGGCCACAUUGGCGUUGUUGAGCUCGCCUACAAGGAUCUCAUCGUUGCAUACAAUGAGAAGCCUUACCAAUGGUGGUGCAAGGAGCCGCCCUGUGGCGCAUUCCGCAUGAACAGCUCUGACGUUUAUGACUUUCUCGACACUCUCUUUGAUGACCUUUUCCCUCGAAUCUCAAAGUACAGCCCUUACUUCCACCUUGGUGGAGAUGAGCUCAACCACAACGAUUCUAGACUCGACCCCGAUGUGCGCUCCAACGAGACCGAAGUCCUGGCGCCUCUUCUGCAAAAGUUUGUCGAUUACACCCACGGCAAGGUUCGAGAUGCUGGCAUGACUCCGUUCGUCUGGGAGGAGAUGAUCACCGAGUGGAACAUGACUUUGGGUAAAGAUGUUGUGAUUCAGUCCUGGCUCGGUGGCGGUGCUAUCAAGACCUUGGCCGAGGCUGGCCACAAGGUGAUUGACAGCGAUUACAACUUCUGGUAUCUCGACUGUGGCCGUGGGCAGUGGCUCAACUUUGACAACGGUGAGGCCUUCCAGACAUACUACCCCUUCAAUGACUGGUGCGGACCUACCAAGAGCUGGCGGCUCAUCUACUCACACGACCCCCGAGCUGGCCUGUCUGAGGAGGCGGCCAAGCGGGUGCUUGGUGGUGAGGCGGCAGUAUGGACUGAGACCAUUGACAGCGUCAACCUCGAUACCAUUGUGUGGCCCCGCGCUGCAGUAAUGGGCGAGGUUCUCUGGUCAGGCCGAACUGACGCCUCAGGUCAGAACAGGUCGCAAUAUGAUGCUGCACCUCGACUGGCUGAGAUGCGCGAGCGUAUGGUGGCUCGAGGCGUGAGUGCUUCGCCGAUUCAGAUGCCCUUCUGUACCCAGGGCAAUGCGACUGAGUGCGCACAGUUCGAGGGAUGA